CUUUUAUUUCGCCCCCCACCCCACCACCCAGCCCCCCCUGGGCUCCAUGCGUCCACGCAGCGAGGGAUUACAUCUGAGAGGAACAUCCAGGCUCUUCGUUUUGGGGCUGCACUUUCUGUGGAUAAAAUUGUGAUAUUGUUAUUUUUUUCGUGCAAGUUUUUUUUUUUUUUUUUUUUUUAAGGAAGAGGAGCAUGAUAUUUAUUUUUAACACAUAUAUUAAUAGAUUGGAACUGGCGGCACCUGCUUUUAUGUGCAGCGUGCUUAUACUUUUCUCUUUGGCGCACAUGUGCAAGCUGUAAAUGCAAUAAACACGCACAUAUUAUAGCCUUUAUAUAACAUUACAUUGCAGACACGGAGGGCGUGGGGGAUAGCUUGUGAAAUUAAUUUACUGUUAUUAGCGGUGAUUUUUUUUUUUUUUUUUAAUUUCUACGCAUAAUGAAGCAUUUGCAAUUCGUGCUGGUGCUGGCCAUCGCUGUCAACGUGUGGGAGUGCGGAGAUGCCAAAUUGGGCGAGAGGGGAGCGGAGCUGAGCGCCAGGAGGCGACGAUGUUACGACGGCACUCUGCCCAAGCGCCUCAAGAAGCGGGACAGGAAAGUCCUGCUCGACGGCACCGGCAGCGGCGACGUCUGCCACAGGUUGUACCCGCGGGUGUCCUGCUGUCCCACCCGCAGAGCCGCCUACCAGAUCGCUCACCGCAGGGAUGCCCGGAUUUUCUCCACCAACAACACGGAAUGUGGACGUCUGCUGGAGGAGAUCAAGUGUGCCCGCUGCUCCCCCAACGCCCAGGUGUUGUUCCACUCUUCGGACACGGACAAAAUGCCACACAGGGAGCCUGACCUGCCCCAGCUCUGCCAGGACUUUUGCCGCGAGUUCUACUACACCUGCAGGGGACACAUACCAGAAUUGUUCCAAGCUGAUGUGGACGAGUUCUGCCAAUACUAUGGGAGACGAGAUGCCAGUCUAUGCUUUCCAGAUUUUCAGCGAAAGCAACCUCAAGGCCAAGAUUCCAACUACUUGGGAGAUGAGAAAAUUGAAGAUAUCAGCAGGAAACACAAACACAACUGCUACUGUGCCCAGGAGGUGUUGAGUGGUCUGCGGCAGCCGGUGGCCGUUAUGCACUGCGGGGAUGGAUCCCAGCGGCUCUUUGUCCUUGAAAGGGAGGGGUUUGUCCAUAUACUCACCUAUGAACUCCAGCUGCUCAAGGAGCCCUUCCUGGACAUCCACAAGCUCGUGCAGAGCGGCCUGAAGGGAGGAGAUGAAAGGGGCCUGCUAAGCCUGGCAUUCCAUCCCAAUUAUAAGAAGAAUGGCAAGCUCUACGUCUCAUACACCACCAACCAAGAGCGCUGGGCCAUUGGGCCGCACGACCACAUUCUCCGUGUGGUUGAGUACACCGUGUCGAGGAAAAACCCAAACCAGGUGGAUAUCAGGACCAUUCGAAUGUUGAUGGAAGUGGCCGAACUGCACCGCAAACAUCUCGGCGGCCAGCUUCUGUUCAGCCCCGAGGGUCUCCUGUACAUCGUCUUAGGAGAUGGUAUGAUAACACUGGAUGAUAUGGAAGAGAUGGACGGACUCAGUGAUUUCACAGGCUCCAUGCUAAGGGUUGACGUGGACACAGACACUUGUACAUCCCCCUAUUCUAUACCACGGGAUAACCCCUACUUCAACAGCACCAACCAGCCUCCUGAGAUCUUUGCUCAUGGCUUACAUGACCCAGGCAGGUGCGCGGUGGAUCGUCUCCAGACGGAGAACGGGAGUCUCCUCAUGCUCUGUACUGAUGCAAGUGACAAAAACUCCACAACAGGCAGAAUUUUGGAGAUUUGGAAAGGGAAAGAUUAUGAGAUUGAGCCCUCCGUCUAUGACCUGCAGUCCAUUGGAGGAGCACCACCAGUUGGGGGCUUUAUCUACAGGGGCUGCCAGUCGAGGAGAUUGUAUGGCAGUUACGUGUUUGGAGAUAAGCUUGGAAACCUUCGGAUUCUCCAGAAGUCCUCAAUAACGCCAUCGGCACUGAGUGACCAGUGGCUGGAGAAGCCACUCUGCCUGGGCACAGCCGGGUCUUGUGGCUCCACGCUCGUCGGACACAUCCUGGGAUUUGGAGAAGACGAAUUGGGAGAAGUCUACGUACUGGCGAGCAGUAAAAGCAUGGCGCAGUCGCACAGCGGAAAACUCUACAAGUUGGUAGACCCGAAGAGGCCCCUUGCCCCCAAGGAGUGCCAGCGUCAGGUGGAGCCUCCAGAGCUGCUGAUGACAGCUUGUUCCCGGCACUGCAAGAACGGACAUUGCACUCCCACCGGCAAGUGCUGCUGCAGCCUCGGAUGGGAGGGGCCUUUCUGCCGCAUCGCCAAGUGCGAACCGGUGUGCCACAAUGGCGGCGUGUGCAUGGAGCCCAACAAGUGCCUGUGCAAGAGCGGGUACUCGGGCGCCCAGUGCGAGAAGAGCGAGCGGGGGAUGCCCAACGACCAGGAGAAGGACGGCAUACUGGACCACAUCAUCGACAUGACCUCGUACCUCCUCGACCUGACCAGCUACAUCGUAUAGAGGUGACGACUCUCAAACCUAGACACAAAUCUACCUAGCAACACCAGCAGACUCGAACGAGGUAUCCCUAAUUUGGCCCGCACACAAAUGCAGAAACACCGAUGCCUUUCAUCCACAUUACCAGACUUUAAAGUGGCCUCAAAAAGCUACUCACCUGCUCCAGAACCAGAACACUCUUUGGAGUCACGUGAUUUGACAUUUCUGGACUCUUUCUGCGCUCUGGACAAAAAAGAAAAACACCGCAAAGGAGCGGCCAUUAUCUCAAACCUGGAGUCUGUACAUGGUAAUGACUUAAAUAGACCAUGGCGUUUGUCGCCAUCACGAGUUGAUCCACAGCUGCAGACUGUUGGAUGCAGAAGACUCACACGAUCUGCAUGGACUCCCUGUACUGCGUUACUUAACACACGCCGACACAUCUCCUUUGCACACUUCCGCCCCGAACAAGCUUCCCAUCAUGGCACGUCACACACUGAAACUCCAAACCACAAAAGGGAAGAAGGGGUAGCCCGGCCUGGACUUAUAUUCCUAAUAGAGCUUACCAAGUACUACUUAGCGUUGCAAAAGAAUAAAAAGACAAAAAGUAUAGCAUUAUUAUUAUUGUUAUAGAGGAGGGUUUAUUUUUGUAAGCGUAAUAAUAUAUGGGAGAGAGUGGUGUUUAUAGAAAGCCGUUUUACACUAAAGCUUUUGUGUCCUUUCAUGUUCUUGUACUUAACACACAUGCAGUUCCUUAUUCUAUUCUUGUCCGCUUCCCCCCGACACGUUGACAUCAUUUCCACAAUCACGUCUGCGUUUGGAGAGCAUCAAAAAACGAUUUCACCUGUGGCGAGUGGAUUUUGAAGGCAGAAAUUCACCGGACCUGUCUAUUGGAGUUAUGUUUGGGGAAAAAAAGAAAACACUUUUAUAGUCCAAUGCACAGGUGUCAAACUCAAGGCCCGCAGGCUACAUCUGGCCCGCCACAUCAUUUUAUGUGGUCUCCGAUAACUUGGAAAUAAUGUAUGUGAACAAGGCAUUUCAUCUUUCUUAAUUACCGUAUUUUUCGGAGUAUAAGGCGCACGGGAGUAUAAGGCGC